CGCAAAGAUGGCGGACACCUGCUGUAGGAAGUGACGCUGGAGGAGGAACAGUCUAAUCCCACGUCUAGGAGAAGAAGAACCACAUUUUAAAGACAUGGAUUCCUAUACAGUCCUCUACCUGAUGUUAGGUUUGGUGCAGCUGAAGCUGCUUUUGGAGCAGUCAAACCAGCGGAGGAAGAAGAGGCCACAUCGUAGGUACUGGGUGCAUCCCACUGUCUCCCGUCGACUUACCAAAGGUCACUUUCAUACCUUGUACCAUGAGCUACGCAGAUACCCGCAGAAGUUCUAUGAAUAUGCUCACAUGAGAGUGACAACUUUUGAUGCUUUGCUGGAAAUAUUGAGGCCGCGCUUAAUGCGAGCCAGAACCAAUAUGAGGCUUCCAGUUUCUGCAGAAGAGCGUCUGCUGGUAACAAUGCGGUUUUUGGCAACAGGGGAAUCCUUCUCUUCCCUGCAUUUCCAAUUCCUUUUGGGCAAAGUCACCAUACAUACUAUUGUGCAUGAUACAUGUGAUGCAAUUUGGACCCUGCUGAAGGAUGAUGUAAUGCCUGAGCCCACCGAGGAAAAAUGGUUGCAAAUCAGCAAGGAGUUUGAAAAGAACAGCAAUUUUCCACACUGUAUUGGAGCAUUAGACAGCAAGCAUAUUCGGAUUCAAAUGCCUCCAAAUAGUGGCUCCAAAUUCAGCAAUUAUAAAAAAUAUUUUUCUGUUUUGCUGACGGCUAUUGCCGAUAGCAAUUACAAUUUUGUCACUAUUGACGUCGGGACGUAUGGAAGCUCUGCUGACUCGCAGGGUUUCCGAAACUCUGCUAUGGGAAAGAGGAUUUUGGAUGGAAGAUUUCAUAUUCCCAGUCCCAGGCCUUUGGAAGAAAAUGGAGAUCCCUUCCCUUAUGUCAUAGUUGCAGAUGAUGCAUUUUCUCUGUCUACCUCCAUCAUGAAGCCUUAUCCCAAGCGGGGUCUGGAUCUUAAAAGAAAAACCUUUAAUUCCAGGCUAACCCGAGCUCAACGUUUGGUGGAGAAUACAUUUGGUAUACUGACAACGAAAUGGAGAGUGUUUAAAAGCGCAAUUCAGAUGAACCCUAGCAAUAUUGACACAAUUGUCAAAAGUGCAUGCGUUCUCCAUAACUUUGUUUGCCAGAAGGAGGGACAUAAUUUUGAGGACCCCCUUGUCCAUAAUUUAGAAGAUGUUUCCUGGCCCUCUGUACGAAGCACCAAUGAAGCAUGGAAUAUUAGGGAGAAAUUUGCCAAGUAUUUUAUGUCGCCUGCUGGAGAGCUUCCCUUGCAGAAUUCCAAAGUUUAAGCUCCUUUUUAGUUUUUUUUUUUUAAUUCCUUAUAAACCAUAGACCUUACUGUU